AUGGAGGGCUUCAUGUAUGCAACUGGCUUCUAUGACAUCGUGACAAAGAAGGAAGCCGAGAGAUUUGCGUUGACCUACGAGGAGCGUGUGGAGCUACUGCGAAAGCUACGUGAGACAGGGCUCAUCGAAGACGCCACGCAGCAGAACGCGUCGAUCCUGGGACCCAACGCGAGCGAGGGCGAGUACAGAGUUUUGGCGCAGCAGGCUGAGAGCGUGUGGAAGAUGAUGGACGAGCUGGCAGAGAACGACCCAAACGCGUACCAGGAGUUUGUGCGGGAUGCGGCCAAGGCCGCGCAGGAGGAAGUCGAAAAGUCACGUGACCCCCACGUAGAAGGCCUGGCGCCGGCGCUGGUGCUGGAAGCCCAGGCGCAGGAGCCGACCAUACGGAAAGGGACAGGGGACAGGGCAGCGGAUGUGACGCGCGUGGUGGCGGGCG